AUGAGUUUCCUAAAGUAUACAUUCGCAUUGGUUUCGGUCGUUUUGGCCACCGGCACGGUUCGAGCAUGGGAUUUGGGCAUCGUGACUCCAGCUCAGAUUCAGUUCCUUACAAAAAAUGUCGUGGAGAAUACGGCUGCCGAUAAGUUAAAAAGUAUGGGUGCUAUUGCUUAUGAUCCUAUUAAGAAAGACGUAUACGUCAGCGAUGCCAAUCAGAAAGUCGGAAGUAUAUUCCGGUUUAAGACUACCGGUGAAACGGCUUACACCAUCAUCGAACCCAUCGUUGCCAAACAAAACGUUACCGUACUGGGUAUGGUGUUCGACGACCGUACGUCCACGUUGUACUGGACCACCGGCAACGGGCUAACCAUUAAUUACGUUCGCGUACCAGAAAACACGACCAAGGUUCCUCUCACAGGACACGUCCUGUUCAGGUUCAAGACUUCUAUACCCCAGGGUAUCGCCAUCGACACGUGUCGAGGGUAUCUGUACUGGACGAACUGUAACCAUUUAAACGCGACCAUCGAACGGUCGCGCCUGAACGGCUCCGAUCGUCAGAUCAUUGUGCACAAGAACCUUUUCCAGCCGUUGGGCAUCGCAGUGGACGUGGAACGUAACUUAAUCUACUGGAGCGACGAGCACGAGGGCCUUUACUACAGCAUCGAGAGCAGCAACCCGGACGGCGGUUCCCGGAGGACGCUCAUCCACGGCACGCACCACCAGCCUUUCUCCAUAGCGGUGGACGACCGGGAUAUCUACUGGAGCGACUGGAUCAACAACGCCGUGUGGACGAUGCCCAAGGACUCGUUCCAGGGCGGCGUGGAGCCGUUGCUGGUCGCCAAGUACGAUUUGAUCAACACGCCCAUGGGACUGAUAACGCCCACCGGCAACACUACUAUGGUCAACAGCACGUAUUGCGCGAUGCACAGGUCAAAAGACAUCGCGGUGACGACGACCACGGAACCGACGCCGGAACUGAUCCCUUACGAAGUGUUGAGGAACAUUUGCAAGAACAAGGGCGUGUUGCACGCCAACGGGACGUGCACGUGCGCUCCGGGAUUCGAGGGCGAAUACUGCCAGACGGGCGUGUGCGACGGUUACUGUGCGUACGGGACGUGCACGCUGUCGGACGCGGGACAGCCGACGUGCCAGUGCUCGGAGACGAGCUACGGUGACCGGUGCGAUAAGCAGCUGUGCGCGGGCCGGUGCCAGAACGGCGGCGAUUGCACGAUGGACGGGGCCGGCAACCCAAGGUGCGAGUGCCCGGUCGGGUACGCGGGUGACGCGUGCGAGUACAAGGCGUCCUGGCUGAACGAGGUGUGCACCGUGUACUGUCAGCACGCCAUGUCCAAACAGCAACAGUCGUCCGUCUGCAGGUGUGACGAAUACAGCAGGCAGUUCGAUUAUUCGGAAAUGGCCAUGCUCAACCAUUCGGACAUGUCGCCGUGCAAGCUCAGCAAGAGCAUGGUGGCCGUGAUCGCCAUACUCACGGUGUUCGUCGCCAGCCUUGGCACCAUAACCAUGGUGCUGUCGAGAAAAGUGCGGUUGCUGGGCCGCCGUCCCAGGAUCAAGAAGCGCAUCGUCGUGAACAAGAGCAUCACUCCUCUGACUUGCCGACCGCCUCAACAGGAGAAUCAACAGUGCGAAAUAACCAUCGAGAACUGUUGCAAUAUGAACAUUUGCGAGACGCCAUGUUUCGAACCGGAUUUCCGACCGCAAAAGAUUGGAGGUCUGUUGUCGUUGGGAAAGUCGAAAAAAGAAGACAAAGCGAACUUGCUGAGCAACACAGACAUGUCGAGUGAAGACGAAAAACCGUUGUAUUGA